UAAUCGCCUUCGUAAAUUUCCUGCUCUUGUCAACUGCUGCAUGCUAGACUGGUUUCAGACGUAGCCUGAAGAUGCAUUGGAAGCAGUUGCCUCUCCCUUGGAAGAUGUUGAAAUGUCAGAAGAAACUCAAAGUGGGUGUAUUGAUAUGUGUAAAAGCUUUCAUACAUCUACCACUGUUUUAUCUGAUUUAUACCACGCGGAGCUUCAGAGACACAACUAUGUUACACCUACUUCAUACUUGGAAUUGAUCUCCACUUUUAAAAUUCUGCUUCAAAAGAAGAGCACCAAGGUGAUGGAAAUGAAAAGAAGAUACGAAGUUGGCUUGGAGAAACUGAACUCUGCUACAUCUCAAAUCACCUCGAUGCAGUCUGAGCAGGAAGCUUUGCAGCCUCAGUUACGAGAAGCCAGCACACAGGUCGAUGAGAUGAUGGUGGUUAUUCAAAAAGAAUCCUCAGAAGUAGCCAAAACUGAAAAAACUGUGAAAGCUGAUGAAGCAGUGGCAAAUGAGCAAGCUAUGGCUGCCAAAGCCAUCAAAGACGAAUGUGAUGCUGACUUAAGUGAAGCAAUGCCUUAUUUAGAAGUUGCUCUGGCUGCUCUUGACGCUCUCACUGCACAG